AUGUCAGAUGUCAGGGAUAUUUUGGGUAGUGUUGCGCAGUCGGGUUUAAAUAGUGGUAAAAAUGAAAUAGAAUCAAUUUUAACAGGUCAGGGUAAUACACCGAAACGUACACCAAAAGAUACACCUAAAACAACAAUGGAAAAAUUACAACAAACAUUUAAAAGUUUAGAGGGUGAAACUAUUACAUUUGCCCCCCAACAAUUAACGAAAUCGGGCUUAAAAGAAAAGCGUAGAAUAAAAGUAAGCUGGAACAACAAGGCAUUCAGAAAUAAUGCAAGAAACGAUGGUUUAAUUUUGCAUCAUUGGGUGAAAUCAAAUGAAAAACCAAAUGAUUAUAAAUAUAGCAAGUUUAAUAAAAAAAUGGAAAUUUUGGUCUAUAACGAAGAGGAGUAUGAUUUAUAUUUAAGAGAUGAUAAAUGGUCAAGAGAAGAUACAGAUUUACUUUUAGAGUUAUGCAAAAGAUUUGAUACAAGAUUUAUAGUUAUUGCUGAUAGGUUUGAGGGCCAAGUUAAAAGAACAGUUGAGGAUUUAAAAGAAAGAUACUAUAGGAUUCAAUCAAAGUUAAUCGAGUUAAGAACAAAACCAGAGGAAGAUCCAUUCCAUAAUCCAUUAACAACCUAUGCAUUUAACAAAGUUUAUGAAACCCAAAGAAAACUUCAAAGUGAUAUUUUAUUUCAUUUAAGCAAAGAAGAGGUUACAGAAGAGGAACAGUUGGUUGAAAAAUAUAACACUAUAGAAAAUCAUUUAUUAAAGCACAGUAAAGAGAGUAAAUCAGUUUUCAAAGUAUCCCAAAUUGCAAUCAAUAAUGGCCCAAUGAAACAUUAUUCUCAACAUGAUCUUCAAAAUAGAGGUGUACAAGGAAGUUAUACUGGUAAAAAUAAAAACAAAAGAAAACAUUCAGAAUUGGAUGCCCAACAACAAGGUGGUGCCACAGAAGACGAUACUCAAAUCACUUUAAAUACAAGACAGGGCGCAAGAAUCGAGUCAACUUUAUUCGAUCUUCACAUUGGCAGACCAACCAAUAACUUUUCAAAAUUAUAUUAUAAUGAUCUAAAAGAGGAUGUUUUAAUUUUGUUGGAUCUUCAAAAGUAUUAUAUGGAAAAGAGGUAUCAUUGCGAAAUUUUAAAAUCACAACGGGAUUUCUUAAAGAAUGAAUUGGAUCAUUUAAAAGCAACCAUUCCAGCAGAGGCUUUAGCAUUACAUGUUGAUGAAGAAAAUGAAACCAUUCAAAAUAGUACCGAUGAUAGUAGUAGUACUGCUCAUCGUCAUCACCAUUCAAGCAGCAGUCAUCAUCAUUCAAGCAGCAGUCAUCGUCAUUCAAGUAGUAGAGAUCAUCACUCAAGUAGUAGGGAUCAUCAUACUACAACAACACACCAUCACCAUCAACACCACAAAGAUCAUUUCGAUAAAUCUAAUUCAUCAACUACUCCAUUUGGUAUUUAUAGUGGACAAUUCCCCGAAAAACAAAAAGAAACUCCACUUCCAUCAACAGAAAAAACACCUGAAAAAGCAAUAAAAUCCUCAGCACCAACUAAAAAAUCAUUAUCGUCAUCUACAUCCUCAACAAAUACAACCCAACAACAUAAUACCACUACAACCACCACAACAAUAACAGGAAAUAGUAAUACACCAAUAAUAAACCCAAUUAUAGGCACACCAUUAAUGUCAUCAAUUAAUAUUUCACCUCACCAAACACAAAAUAUAGCAGGCACAACACCGACCAACACAACCAGCACAAAUACUCCAAAUAUUACACCCAAUCUUGGAGGUAUACCUAUUAUGCAAUCUACUACAAUUGGUGUAACAUCACCCAAUUCCGAAAAAAAAACAGAGGAUUCAUCUGGAGCUUUUGGUAAUUUAAAUGAUUUUAUUAGCCAAAGUUUAAAUAACUCAAUUCAUCAACAAUUUUCAAAGAAAAUGGCAAAGGAAAAGAGAAUACAAGAAAAGGCAGAUAAAAAGAAUGCAUCUAAAAAGGAAAAGAAGGGUGGCACUAAAACAACAUCAACUCCAUCAUCAACUCCAUCAUCACUUACGCCUGCUUCGACGCCAUCAACAGCAAAUUCAACACCAUUAGUAAAUCAAUCAUUUAAUCUAAAUGUACAGCAACCACCACUUAUAAAUUUAAAUUCACCACAAUCUGCAUCAUCUAUUCUUACAUCGCCACAAUCAAUAAACUCACCUGCAUCAGCUGGCACCAUUUCCCCAUCGACUAGUAAGAGAGAACCAAAAGAGAAAAAAGAAAGAGAACCAAAAGAAAAGAAACCAAAAAAAGAAAAAAAAGAAAAAGAACCAAAAGAAAAAAAAGAGAGAAAGAAAAGAGAACCAAAAAAUUCGACUGUAUCACCAGUUGGUCAACAAGCAUCAUCUAAUACCACUGCAGCAAAUAUUACUCCAAUUAUUAGCAGUCAAACCAAUAUAACGUCACCAACUACAACUGCAACAUCACCAACAAAUCAAAUGCUGGCACAGGUUCCUUUAAUACAACCAAUUUCAAUUUCUCCUAUGAUUCAAGCACCACAGCUUUCAAUGUACUAUCAACAGCAACAACAAUUCCAAUAUCAACAACCGCAACAAUUUGGUUUACAACAACCCAUACAACAAAGUAUGACCAUUUCACCAACACAACCAAAUCAACAAACAACACAACAAACAACAUCGCCAAAUAUACCACCACAAUAA